AUGAGGUGGCGUUAUCGUAGUCGGCGAUGGGCCCCGCUGUGGUGGAGGCGCGCCAUAGCUCAUCUGUGCUUUGUGCCCCUCAUACGCUCUUGGCACCGGGCGCGUCCUCCGAAGUGUGUGCGUCGGCGUGCUCUGAUGACGGGCAGUGCCCCAGCACAGGUGUCUGCGUCACAUGCCAGUCGCCGCGGUGAGCGUAGUGAAGGCACAGGCAAGCGCGGCCCCUGUGGCAGGGAGGAUGCGGUUGACAGAGUGCGUGGGGAUGAACGUGGUCGAGCGGGGAUAUCCCCUGACACUUGCACGGCUAACGGUGCUGUUGCUGUCGCCGGACUCUGCGCAGCGGCCAAUCGCCAGGGCGGACAGCGAGGCACCCAUGAAGGUGAUGGCGAAGCUGCUGAUUUUGGCAAAUUGUCCAGGCUCGAGCAAAAUGAGGAAGGUGAGGAAAACGGACCCGCAUCAGAAGCAACCCGGCACUCUCGCUUCUUAAAGGCGAGGACAUCAGACAUGAGCACGCAGCGGCGGGAGGGAGCGGAAGAGCUGCCGGCGGUGUCGACGUCUGUUGAGAUGAGAACUCGAUCAUAA